CUGAAACUUCAACAGAGAAGGAGAGAUAACCCAAGAACUAAACCUCGUGUAAAACCAGCCUGUGUUUGCAAAUAAUUUGUGAAACAGGGAUUGGGCUGCCAUGUCCUCAUACACCUGCAUCAGCUGCCGCGUGGCGUUUGCAGAUGGUGAGGUGCAGCGCGCCCACUACAAAACAGACUGGCACCGCUACAACCUCAAACGCAAAGUGGCGGAAAUGCCACCUGUGACCGCAGAGAACUUCCAGGAGCGCGUUUUGGCCCAACGGGCCGCCGCCGAACAGCAGGUGAACGGGGCAGCGGUUAGCGAAGGCUGUGCCACGUGCAACAAGAAGUUCUCCACUGCUAACGCCUACCAGAACCAUCUGCAGUCCCACAAGCACCAACAGGCGGAGAAGCAAGCUUUGCUAGUGGCUCAGAGGAAAGUGCAGAAAAUGAACGAGAAGAACCUGGAGAAGGGACUGGGAGAAGAUGGGAAGGUGGACCACAAUGCCAGGAACGAGGCUCUCCAGCAGGCCCUGAAGGAGCCGCACAGACCCAGUCCUGCUGUGGCUGGAAAGGCCCAGGCCGUGGGACAGGAGGAGGGAGCGGAAAGGCCCAGGGCAGAGAAACCAGAGAAACCACCCAGGCUUCAGUGGUUUGAGGAGCAGGCAAAGAAGAUCGAAGGAGAGGAGGGGGCUGAACCAAAGGAAGAGGACUGGGAAGACGUGGAUGACGACGACAUGGAGGAGGACGAUGAGGAGGAUGAAGAGGAGACGAUGGAGCAGGAGGAAGGGGGGGGCGGCACAGCAUCAGCUCCCCCCCACCCCGCCCCUCCCCCCGGGGCCAUCCCAACCACAGACUGUCUGUUCUGUCCUCACCAUUCCCACUCACUCAUGAAGAACAUGGCGCACAUGACCCACGUCCACAGCUUCUUCGUCCCUGAUCUGGAGUACCUGAUCGACCUCAAGGGACUCAUUCGUUACCUGGGAGAGAAGGUUGGCACAGGUAACGUGUGUUUAUGGUGUAAUGAGAAGGGGCGGUCGUUCUACUCCACGGAGGCGGUGCAGGGUCACAUGACAGACAAAAGCCACUGUAAGCUCUUCACCGACGGAGACGCGUCAUUGGAGUUCGCAGACUUUUAUGACUUCAGGAGUAGCUACCCAGACCAGGUGGAAGAGGGGGCUGAGACGGAGGACAAAGAGUUGCCUGACGAUAAGAACCUAGAGUUUGAUGAUGAUACACUGGAGCUCACCCUCCCCUCAGGUGCUACGAUUGGCCACCGGUCGCUCAUGCGGUACUACAAGCAGCGUUUCGGCGCCCCCAGGGCAGUGGUGCUGGCCCACAACAGGCACGCUGUGGGCCGGGUGCUCCGGCAGUACAAAGCCCUGGGCUGGGGCGGAGACAUCGGAAAGCCUGCCUUCCAUCAGACCCAGAAGGACAUGCAGUAUGUCCAGAGGAUGAAGUCCAAAUGGAUGAUGAAGAUGGGGAUGAACCACAACGCUACCAAACAGCACCACUUUAGGUGCCAGGUUCUGUUCUAGUCUCCGGCCCUUUUUGAUUAUGAAUCAUUAUCAUUUUGAAUCAGUGAACUGUUCCCACCGUCGCUUUUAAGUCAACCUCUCAACAAAUAAAGCAGCCAGUUAUCUUUGGCGGGUCUACCUUUAAUUGAAAAGUAUUUCAGUGCUUUAUAAUUAUGGUGUCUGAAUAUUGUUAGGGAAAUACAGGUGUGUACUAUUCUGCACUGUUCAUGAUCUGGAUUUGAACAAAUACAAAGGUAACAGUUUAGUAUUUUCAACAAAUAUGUAAAUUUCACAUGCAACUAUUAAAUUCUGAUUGAGAAAGCAGAUUUCCGUAUAUUAAAUCUCAAUUUAAAAUCAGUUUAUGAAAAAUUUAAUGUACUAUAUGAUAUGUAAUAAACAUUGUAUGGAUUACA